AGAAUCAAAUCGUUACAAUUCGAUGCCCUUUCGAGUCAAACGGACACAUCACUGUAAGUCUUCUCUACUUCAAGACCCUGGGCCUAUCUGGUUCUGCCAUCGAAAGACGUAAUGCCAACACACGCUUAUCAGCUUAAGAGACUGCCGAGACAGGAGCGACAACAGGUGCACACUGAGCAUCCUCGAGACUGAACCUUGGAAAGUUUAAAUGCCGAUUUGAGGAGCCCCUUAUUCAGCCGUGACGAAGCACUCAGACUCAGGAUGCCGGUCCUGACCAACAGCGACGUCGCCGAUAAGUUACAAGGGAAAUGGCUGUCGGUUUUCCCGGAUAAUCAACUCUCUGGUACCGACUCUGUCACUCCAGACGACAGCCUGACAAGUCUCCACUGGCUUCAGAAUUUCUCCAUCCUGAGCGCGGAUCCUGAGCGAGCGCAAGGAGCCGCUCACGGCUGCGCGUCCUCACAGCAGCAGCAGCAGCAGCAGCUCUUCCUCCGGCGCCUGGGCUUCCCUACAGGGGGUAGCGAGUCUCCUUCCAGUCCGCCGGCGGGGGAUACCGCGGCCACGGGGAUGCCUCUGUACCUCGGCAGCCCAGUCACCUCCGGCAGUGACCCCACAGCGCCUCGGUUCUCCAAUUGCGCACACAUGGGGAGCGGUUACGCACAGAUCCAGCCCAGCCCGCCGGUGGAGGUCGACUACAAAACCAACCCCAAGGUCAAGCCGCCGUAUUCUUACGCGUCGCUCAUCUGCAUGGCGAUGCAAGCGAGCAAGCAGCCAAAAGUGACUCUGUCCACCAUCUACAACUGGAUCACGGAGAAUUUCUGCUACUACAGACACGCAGAGCCCAGCUGGCAGAACUCCAUCCGCCACAACCUGUCGCUCAACAAGUGUUUCAGGAAGGUGCCCAGACAGAAAGACGAGCCGGGCAAAGGAGGUUUCUGGCAGAUUGAUCCUCAGUAUGCAGACAUGUUUGUCAAUGGCAUCUUCAAACGCAGAAGGAUGUCUGCCAACAGCUACAACAACGGUGGUGGUGGUGCUCAGAGGCCGAGCAAACUGGGUUACCACCAUAACAUCUGCCCUUAUCAAAGCGGUAACAGCAUUGGGAACAAAAGGAAACACAUGUCGGCGAAAAGCAAGCCUCCAAGGGCGACAGAGUCGCCUCUUUUGGCGACGGAUGCCCAAAAGGCCGACUUCCUUCGGGGGGACUUUGACCUGGAAUCCGUGUUUGACGAUGUUCUCAGUGGGAACUGUAGCACCUUCGAGGACUUGGAUAUCAAUACGGCGCUGAGUUCUUUGGGUUGUGAGAUGGAAGCCUCCAUGCAGGUGCGGCAGCAGCACACAUCAGGACUUGGACGUUGGUAUGGAGGAGUGGAUCAGAGCCAGCACGUGAACCAUCAGCAGCCCUACGGCUACAUGGACAUGGCCUCCACCGCUUCCAUGGAGUGUCUGCUCGGAGAGCUUCAGCAGCAGCCACAGACGGACGAGGACCUGCUGCAGUCGCAUCACAUGCAGCCAGACGAAUCUUCAGCCACCUUGUUCCAGGACCAGCCGGUUGAGGUUGUCCUGCAGCCCUGGGAGGAGACAAAAGAGGAAGUGCACUCCAUUCCUCUGACACUGGAUCAAGGCUUUGGCUUGUGUGAAAGCUUCUUCAUGGACAUGCAGCCCUGGGAGCGAGUAGAAACCUAUUUGUGAUCUCAUCUGAACUCAUGAAGACUUUCUCUUUUCUCCUGAAUCACAAACAUGAAUCUCAAAAUGUCUUCAAAUUCAUCUCUUUUGAUUCACAUGACAAAGUGGAGCGAAUCAGCACCUGUCUGACCUGACAGUGGACUUUUGGGGGUUGCCUUUAAGAAAGAAAGAACUAUGAAGAGUUACAGAUACAAAUUCAUCUUUACGCAGUUUUCAAUAAUGAAUUAUCAACACUGUUUUGCUACAGUUUCUGUACAUUUAUCCCUCACCUGGUGGGACAGCUCCAGUGUUGCCAUGAAACAUGACUUUUCUGCAACUUUUGCAAUGAUAGAGAUCUGAGAAAAAGUGGGGCUGCAAUUCCAGUCAUACAUCUGCGUAUCACUUUUUUGUACAAAGAGAAUUUCAUUAAUAUAUAUUCUAUAGCAUGAGCUAAACAAACUGUUCAUCAAUUGGAUGGCAACAACACAAGCAAGCUUGAGGUGCAUCCUCUUUGUGAUGGUCAUGAAUUUAAACAUUAUGCACUUUUGGAGGAGAAACCAUUUCAGGAGAGGUAAAAAUAAUUUUUUUUCCAAUGACAUUUUUGUAACGUCAAAGGGCCAUAAGUGCAAAUCUUGGUGUUCUCGUGUAUUUUUACUACAGUAACAUUUGUUUUGCGUAAAUACACAGCUAUAUUUACCACUAAUAAUACAGUAAUUAUUUUGCAGACAUUUAAUUAGUUAUGCAGGCCGCUGAUGAUGACGACGCAGGGUGGUGGACUUUUCCUUCUGUCACUUUUAUUCCUUUACGUCUGUAUAGUUUGCUUUUCAAUGAUGACUAUUAUAAUCUUUAUAAACAACUUGAUUGUGAAAUUACUGGAUCAACGCCACAUUGUCUUUUCAUGUUAUGUUUGUUUGUAUAUUGUUUUUAUAAAAAGAAAAAGAACGCCUCAAUGCAAUACAUGGUGUCAAUUAAAGAU